AAUUUGUUAUUUAUAUAAAGGUAACAUUGGAAAGGAGAAUUUAUGUAAUAAAUCAAAAUUGCGUAGUAACAUUUACAAUUCGAUGUUGCGAGCUUUUCGUUUGAGAACCACUGACGUUAGACGCUCACUUCACUAUAGAUAAGUUGCUUUGAGUUGCAUUCUGAAAGGGGAAAGGUUGUAGAACUUCCUAUGUAUACAAGUAAUAAAAAGUGACGUAAUUAAAUUAAUGGAAAUGAAUUGAUAAUUAAAUCCUCGAUAUAACAAUCAUGAUAUACGUUGAAAGUUGUGAGUUACGACAAUAGUAUUUACAAAAACGUGCCAUAUAUAUAUACAUAUAUAUAUAUGUAAGACCCACCUUAUUUGUUGCCCGUUCAUAAUAAUAGAGAGUAUUAUUUACAAGAAUAUUAUUAAGGAUAUUAUUUAGAAAUAUCAGUCGGAAUAGAGACGCGAUGUCGCUCAGUGCUAGUGCCGAAAAUUUAUCAUCGGAAGGACAAAACAAUGAAAGGUGGAAUAUGUGCCUUGAGUUGGCACUCGAAGGAGAACGUCUCUGUAAGGCAGGAGACUGCAAAUCAGGUGUUGCAUUUUUUCAAGCUGCUAUUCAAGCAGGAACAGAUGAUCUAAGAAUACUGAGUGCAAUUUAUAGCCAGCUAGGCAAUGCGUAUUUUUAUCUUGGAGAUUAUGUAAAGGCAAUGCAAUAUCAUAAAUUGGACCUAACACUUGCGAGAAAUAUGGGAGAUAAAUUAGGAGAGGCAAAGUCAAGCGGUAAUUUAGGAAAUACGUUAAAAGUCAUGGGAAAAUUUGAUGAAGCUAUGUUAUGUUGUAAAAGACAUUUAGAGAUAUCGAGAGAAAUUGGUGAUAAGCUUAGUGAAGGCAGAGCUUUAUAUAACUUGGGAAAUGUAUAUCAUGCAAAAGGAAAGCAAGCAGGAAGAGUAGGACAACAUGAUCCUGGAGAAUUUUCUGAAGAUAUUAGACAGUGUUUACAGGAAGCUGUGCGAUAUUAUGAGGAAAAUUUAGAACUUAUGAGAGAGUUGGAAGAUUCUGCCGCACAAGGUAGAGCUUGUGGUAAUUUAGGUAAUACGUUCUACCUUUUGGGAGAUUUUCAGCAGGCUAUAUAUUAUCACAAUGAACGAUUAAAAAUUGCUAAGGAAUUUGGUGACAAAGCAGCAGAAAGAAGGGCAAACAGUAAUUUAGGAAAUUCGCAUAUAUUUCUUGGAGAAUUUGAAAAGGCUGCUCAGCACUAUAAGAGAACUUUGGUUCUUGCACAAGAGUUAGGUGAUAGGGAAGUAGAAGCACAGGCUUGUUACUCCCUAGGCAAUACAUAUACGCUUCUUCGUGAUUAUCCAGCUGCUAUAGAAUAUCAUUUAUGGCACCUUGGAAUUGCUCAACAAUUAAAGGAUCGUGUAGGCGAAGGACGUGCGUGUUGGUCAUUAGGCAAUGCUUAUGCUGCUAUGGGCAAUCAUGAAAAAGCACUUCAUUAUGCAAAUUUACAUUUGAGUAUUUCGAAAGAAUUGGAGGAUCCAAUGGGACAGGCUACUGCACAAAUGAAUGUUGACGAUCUACAAAAAAUUUUAGGAUUAGGAAAAGGACAAGAACAUAAUAAAGAAAAUCAAAUGCAUAAACUUACUAUGAAUGCAGCAUCAAAUUACAAUAAUUCUUCUCCUGGCAGAUAUAGACUUCGUCGUCAGAGCAUGGAUAAUUUAGAUCUCAUUAAGCUUACGCCCGAUGGAAAACAAAAGGAGCCUAUAGAACCAUUGCCAGAUGUUGCUAGUAGCGCUACCGCACAAUUAAUGCAAAAAGAAGAAGAUAAUUUCUUUGAUCUUUUAUCUCGUUUUCAAUCUGGUAGGAUGGACGAUCAACGUUGCGCUCUUCAUGUAAAUCGUAACGCAAAAGUUAGAAGUAUUUCCCCUGAAAAUGACAAAGACGGAGAAGAUUUGAUGGAAUUAAUUGCUGGAAUGCAAAGUAAAAGAAUGGACGAACAACGUGUUACUUUACCUUUCUUGCCAGGUUUAAAUACUAAUGGAAACGAUCAAGCUAAAUCAUCUGCUCAAGCACACGCAGAUGCUGAUGAUUCGUUUAUUGAAAUGCUUGUAAGAUGUCAGGGCUCACGGUUAGAAGAUCAACGUAGUCCAUUACCAGCUGCAGCUUCGUUACAAGAUGCAGAAGAAGAAAGAAAUCCAAGAUCUAAUGGAAAUACUCAUUCUGGUUCUACAGUACCAGAAGAAGAUUUAUUUGCUUUGAUCCAAAGACUUCAAGCUGGACGAAUGGAAGAUCAACGUGCAUCCGGACCUGGAAAAAUAUGUUAAACGCAUACGGAAAUUUUGUAAUAAUAGGAAUUGACGAUUUCAAGCAGUAAUGCGAAGGUUAACACUAUAAUCUCCUAACUUCGUUCAAAGUUUCUGCUAUACAGGAGAAAUUAGAUCUCUAAUAUAUAUGGAGAUUUAUUUUGAUUUAUAUAUUAUAUUCAAUAUUUUUUUAAUCUUUUUUUUUUCUCCAUACAAACAUAUAGGUUUCUGAUCAUGUUUGAUUUGAAAAUGGCAAGAUUUAACACACCGUCCAUUGAUACCAGACCCUUUAUUCAUCGUAUCAAUUUUAUCAUAUUAAUAUGCAAUAAUUUUACUUACAUUUAUAUAUUACGUUUUAUCGAAGAGUUAUCAAUUUCCUAUACGCCAGAGAGCUUAGCAUAUGGUGCCAAAUUUAAUACUAACAAGUUUGAAUUAUUUGUAGAAAUAAUUUGGGGUUGUUUACAUUAUAUCAAACGCAUAUAUUAUCAAUAGAUAAUUUCUUAAAUCUAGCAAUCUAACACAAUUAAUUAUAUUAGAAAUUAGGAAUCAUGUGUUAAGGUAUUGCUUUAAAAAAUGCCUAAAAAUUUCUCAAGCACUGCCAAUACUGGAGCACAGAUGAUUAGUUGAGCAAACAAUACAUUUAGAAAACUGUAUCUAUGCCAAAGGAUGUCAAUCUUUUGAGUGUGAGGUAGAUAUACUUAAAAUAUUUAAAUAAUAUACACAAAUAGAGUCUUAAAUAGUUGACUCGUGAAUUGUUUUUAUACGUUCACUUCGAACUCAAUGCUUAAGAAUAUUUUAUUUCUUUAAAAGAAAUAAUUUUAUUCGAACUAUAAGAAGUAUCAUGAAUAAAAUUUGUGCCAAAAUAAUGUGAAAAACUAAGAUAAAGUAAACGGAACAACAACUAAGGCACCAUUCUUAAAAUAAGCUCCUAAAGAUUUUUCGAUACAUUGCAAAACAAAACGGAUCGUUCGUUUUCAAAUUUAUCGAAAUGAAUUGGAUUUUUUCAAAUGACCAGAAUUGAUAAAAUAUUGAAAAAUUAUCGUAUUUCGACCUAAUGUAUUUUUCAAAUUCUUUUGCCUCGCUGCUAUAGAGCAAGCUGGUUCUUGCUAUUAAAGUAUAAUAGAAAUGGAUUUUUUGGUAAAAAAAAAAAAAAAAAAAGAAAGAAACAUAAAAUAAAAGGAAAAGAAAAAGCAAUUUUACACACGGGACACGUAUGAAUAAAGACUACUACAUCAGGAAUUCCAAUAGCACAAUUCUGAUCAAGAAGAUAAUUAAUAUUUUUUUAUUAAGCUUACAUUACGUUUGACUGCAUGAUUUACAUGGAUAUACAUAUUAGAUAGUAAUUCAUUAAAGAAAUCUAUCGUUUUAUGGUCCUAACCGAUGGUCUAGCGCUUGAAAUUUUCAAACGGUUCAAGCGUUUUAUAAAAUAACUUAAGUGUUACAAUGUUUGAUCGCGCUUAAAUAUAUAUAUAUAUAUAUGUACACGUGUUGUAGGAGAUAACAAAAUCCUGUUAUUCAGACAUUCUACAUUUUUCUGCAUCUAAUUAUACGCUUUUACUGCUACCGUUCGUAGUCUUCUGUUGUUACAAAGAUGCUAUUAUUCGAACAAAGAUUCCGAAUAUGUGAACUUGAAUGUAUCGUAUAUCGUUUAAAGAUAUAUAUUUUGGUAAACUCUGUUUAGAAUAAUUCUACAAGAUCUAAUAAUCAUUAUUUUCAUAGUUAAAUAAUCAUAUACGUAAAGUUACAAUUUUUGCGAGAGAGACAAAGUAAGAAAUACAUUUCAUAUAGAAAAGUUCUAUCUAAUUUGAGCAAUGAAUUGCUUAGAAUGUUUAUUAUGAAUUAACUGUUACUAUAUCUAUAUACACAUGUAUAGUUUUAAGAUUAAAAAGAAAAAAAAAAAAAACUCUUUAUAUACGAAUGACAGGAUAGAUCGUAAUUUGAAACAUAUAUUUCGCAUAUAUGUAAACUUAAUUCGAUAUAAUGGUGAUUCAAUGACAGGGAAACAUUGCUACUUAAUGAUAGCUAUGUAGUUUUCGUUAAGAAGAUGAUCAUUUGAUCAUUAAUAUCUCUCUUUAGUUCAGUUAACAAUAAUUAACAAUCAUUAAGUUAGUAAAAUAAGCGAAUAAUAUUGAUAUAAUAAUAAUAAUAAGAAUAAGAAUAAUAAUAGAAAUAAUAAUAUUAAUAUUAAUAUAAUAAUAAUUAUUUUUUGUAAAAUUUUUUAUUACUCUUGUAAUAAUUCUUAUUAUUUUGCUAAUCAAUCUUUAUUCUUAUUAUCGCACAAGAAAUUGCGAUAGUAAAUAUUAGGUACUAACAAUUCUACGAUUACGUUAAUGUAGAAUUUUUUUAUAGAUUUUCUUUAAUAACGAAAUUCGAAUUUCUCAUUCUACAGUGUAGAUAUAUACAUACAUUCCACUGUCUUACAAAUAUAGACGUGUAUAACAAAUUGAAUGAAUAAUAAAGAUAUACAUUUUUCAAA